AUGACCUCCGAUAAACAAAACAACAAACCCUUCACUCCCACCCUCAGCGCCGCCUUUCACCGUUCCAGCAAAUCCCCCUUGACCCCGAAGCUGGCCACUCCCGCCGGAUACCGCACACCGAAACGAUUGGCUCCCUCCGACAUCUCCUCGUCCUCCUCCAGACCCGAUUCCGAUUCCCUCCUGAGUGCCAACGUUACCCCACGGUCGGGAUCUCGCCUCACCCGACGAGAUGGCACCCCGUCCACCACCGGACGCAGCUCGCCCCAGACCCCCUACGUGCAGGCCAGCGUCGUACACCACGGCUCCAAUGUCGGAUCAUACCGGACAGAUCGCAGUCCUGUCCGCGCAGGGCGGUUGGAGCCGGCCAGGGCCACGAGAGCCAAGACCUUCACCAACGAGCCUCACCAGCUGUCUCGCUCGAAUUCCGCCUCCAACGGUGCCUCGGGCUCGCCCAUGUUCUUUCAUGCCUCCGACGCGCGAUCCUCUCCUUCUGAAUUAGAACCUCAUGCCCCUCAUGCCCCUCCUGCUCCUGCUCCUCGGCCGCGACCGGGGAAAGCACCCUCGCAACAAACCUUCAUCUACGCCAACGGAGCCGAGGAGCCCAAAUCCGAUGGACCGGGCGAGUCCACGGCCUACAAGCGACGGUCGACAGGGCUGUCUCGAUCGGUGGUGGGUGCUAAACCGCCUCCCUCCGCCUCCCCACACAUUAUCUCGCCGAAACUGGGUCAUGCCUCGCCGCGACUGUCCGACGGACUGCUGCCGUCGCAGGUUGGAUCGCAGGUUGGGUCGCAGGACGGCUCGUCGGAUGUGGGCUCUCGCGUUCACAGUCCUCCCUCCGGCAGCUUCUCCCCGCGACUUCCGGCAUCGACACCACGACACUUUAAAUCCUCGAGUAUGGACUCCGGUCCGGGGGCUGGGGCUGCCACCUCGCCGCGGGAGGCUCUCCGACCGAGUCCGAUCAUCGUCUCGCCGGGGGACGCCAAACUCGACGCCGGCAGUCUCGCCUCGGAGCCCAUUCCCCUUCGCCCGCGGAUAUUCAGUAACGGGUCGACGGCGUCGGCAGAUACGUUUGCCUCGGCGCAACAGAGCCCGGUAAAGGAGAAUGCCGCACCGAAAGACGAUCCGGCGGCGGCAGCGCGCACGGAGCGCAAGAUCAUGGACCUGGAGAUCAGCAACUCGUCACUGCUGGCAAUCAACCGCACGCUCGAGCGCGAGAUGCGGAAACAGAACGCCGAACUGCGUCGAUUCCGUCGACUCAGCCGGUCUGGUCGGUUGUCCGUGGCGCCGUCGACGCGCUCGGUGUCGGGCACCUCGCUGAGCAUCAUGAGCGAGCUGGACGAGGGCAGCGAACGCUCCUCCAUGCGCUCGCCUGACGAGCUGUCAGACUUCAGCGACUCGGAAUCCACGGCCGAAGACGGGGUUAUGAGCCCGGAUUCGCAGGCCGACCACGACGCGCGACACCAAGCUCGCGAUGAGAAACGGUUCUUCGUCGAUCUCGCCAAGCACCAGGAAUUGCUGGCGGAUAGCCAACGCAUGAACCAGAGCCUGAAGCGCUGUCUGGGGUGGACAGAGGAACUGAUCACCGAGGCGAAGAAGGCCCUGGAGUACAAUGUGCAUGUCAACGACGUAAAGCUAGGCGGACGAGUCCUGUCACCGGAAGAGCUGAACGAGAUUGGCGAGAUAGCGCGGGACAUGGCGCUGCCGGAUGAUUCUGAUUCUCAUUCCGAUUCUGACUUCGAGUACGAAUCUGAUCUCGAUCUGCCUGCAUCGGAGUCCGCAACCAUCACAGCGGAAACAUAA